UCGCAGUUACACUGAAAAACAGACACUUUACUUUCGUUUUUGACAGCGAAGCAGCUAGUUAUACAAAAAUAUUACAGUAUCUUUUAGAGACCAACUAAAGGCGAAAUCAUGAAGGCAGUUGUCUCCGCGGUUCUCGUUGGUCUGCUGUAUCUUCUCCCGUCAAUGGCUAAAGAUGCUUCACCCAUAGUUCAGGUGUACACUCGAGAACCUGGAGAGUUUGGCAAACCCAACACCCUGAUCUGUCAUGUGAGCGGCUUCCACCCACCAGAAAUCACCAUCGAGCUUCUCAAGAAUGGAAAGGAGAUUCCCGGAGGAAACCAGACUGACCUGGCCUUCGAAGAGAACUGGCACUACCACCUAACCAAACAUGUGCGCUUUACCCCAAUCAAAGGAGUGCAGUUCGCCUGCAAAGUGACUCAUGUGGGAACGACCAGAAAUUACGAGUGGGAAUCAGAUAUGUAAGCUCUUUGCUCCGGCUUACUACAGGGCUUUCGCACGGUCUCAGGAAGACGAAGACAAUAGGAAUAAUUGGCCUUCAGACCUUUUCAGUCUUGACAACAUGAACUUUCUAAAUGGGUUCCUUGUAUUUGUUAAUGCAGUAGCUGACAAGGAAACUAUAAUUUUUUAUAGUUUCCUUGAUAGCUAACAGGAAGUAAACAGGGACCGAAAUUUUUGCCCUAGCAACAGUACAGCAAUGAAAAGGUUGAUAAUCUUGGGUUUUAUUUUACAAAUUGGAGAAAAGAUUGCACUUCAAAAUCUGCUGUGUUUUUGUAUCAGAAAUAAUAAAUGGCAGUAAAGCUUCAUAAAGUAGUUGUUGACCACUGGAUGUGUCUGUUAGUGUGCAACCAGCCUGAAACUGAUCCUGUUAAUCAUAACUAAGGUAUAGGGUAUGUGAUGUAUGAAUGGCCAUUCUGUUAAGUUCUCCAAAAUAAUGUGCUUGAACAAAAAUAUUGCCAAGUCUUAGGGCUGCUGUGAAACUGCACCUACUUGACGCAAUAAAAAUAAUUGUCUUGUGUGUGUCGACGCAAUAGACAAACAAGAAUGGACGGCAGAGGAGAUGCUUGCACACCAAUGUAACAGGGCUAGAAAGCCACAGAAGGUCCACAGGCUGAAAUCAAUGCAAUAUAGUUCCAGUCCUUUCAGUCCUUGACUAUCAUCAGUGUGCUGAUGAUAGUCAAGGACUGAAAUGUUUGCUGCUGUUUUUACUCACUCCUUUUUUGCACUUUGAGCACAUUUUUUUUGUGCACAGAUGUCUUACAUAAAUAGAUUUUUAUUUUGCAUUUAUCUCAGCCUGUGGACCUUUUUGUGGCUUUUUUUGCCCAGUAAUAUUGGUGUGUGGGUAUCUCCUCCGCUGUCGUUUCAUGCACACAAAUAUGAAAUCAAUUUUGAGUUCCCUUCAUCAGUGGAAUCUGGCAUCUGCUGUCAGACAUGAGGGCUGAUGGCUCACUGUUUGAUCCUGGACAGGAGGUGUCCAGUCAACAGUGAGCGCACAAAAACAAACUAAAACUUUAUCAUUAAGGGGAGUUAUCAUUUGAUUUAAAAUAUUGCCUCAUGGAGCUUUACAGAAACCUUUUACAAUUAUAGCAGAUUCACAUCUGCAUUCCUGUGUGUUUAAUGCUUAAUCUGCAAAGGCUUUCAUCUUUACUUUCCUCACUAAUGUCAAUGUAAAUUAAAUUGUUCUUUAAUUAUCUAUUACACAUUUUGCCUUGUGAAGUGCUAAGAGAAGAUAAAGCAUAUUCUUUUCCAGUUUAUUAUAAAGGAUGUCUGCCAUACCUGUGUACUUUUGUGUUGUUUCUGAAGAAUAUACAGAUUUACUGUUAAUGUAUUUUAUAUAAUUUGGUUGGGUAAUAAAAGUGUUCUUGACACAUCAAAUUAAACAAA